AGGCGGACGGGGGCCGGGGGCGCCCCGGUAGCCGGGCACGGACUCGUUGUGUCUGGGAGCAGCAGCGCUACUUUCUCCCCCGGAUCCUCCCGGCCUCAGACAAUAGGACCCCCCGCCCCCCGUUAGCAGCGGGAGCGGCCGGGGAAGUCUCUGGCUCUGGCAUCGCAGCCGGCGCUGGCCCAGCCUCCAACCCUGGUUCCCCCCAGCCCGGCUGGAGCAUGAAGACAGAGGAGGCGCCAUCCUGCCUGCAGCAGGCCACCCCGGUGCUGGGCUUCGGGUCGGACUCCAAAAUGCGGGAGGUUUGUGCCGGCUGCGACACGCCCAUCUCUGACCGGUUCCUCCUGCGAGUCAAUGAGCGCUCUUGGCACGAAGGUUGCGUGAAGUGUGCUGCCUGCCUGCAGCCGCUGUCGGGCACCUGCUACUGUCGCAACCGGCAGCUAUACUGCAAGCACGACUACGAAAAGCUUUUCCAGACCAAGUGCAGCAGCUGCCUGAAGGCGAUCGCCCCGUCUGAAUUCAUCAUGCGGGUGCUGGAGAACGUCUACCACGUCCACUGCUUCUUCUGUUGCGAGUGCGAGCGGCGUCUGCAGCGUGGGGACGAGUUUGUGCUCAAGGAGGGGCAGCUACUGUGCCGCAGCGACUAUGAGAAGGAGAAGGAGAUGCUGAGUGCCAUCAGCCCCGCGCCCACUGAGUCUGUGAAAAGUGAGGAUGAGGAUGGCAGCCACUCCCACGGCAGAGGCAGCGAGGAAGGCAAGGACCACAAGCGCUCCAAGCGCCCACGCACCAUCCUCACCACUCAGCAGCGACGGGCUUUCAAGGCCUCCUUUGAGGUUUCCUCCAAACCCUGCAGAAAGGUGAGAGAGACCCUCGCAGCUGAGACAGGCCUGACGGUCCGGGUGGUGCAGGUCUGGUUCCAGAAUCAAAGAGCCAAGAUGAAGAAGAUUGCUCGCAGGCAGCAGCAGCAGCAGCAACAGCAGGAGCAGGAGCAGCUGGGCAACCCGCGUUUAGGGACCGGCCGUGGGACAGGCCGCAGCAGCAGACAGAGUAAUGAUGACAGUGAAGAUGGAGCAAGUGUUCACGGACUAGAUGGGCUCAUGGUCCCAUAUCCCAGGAUUCCCCAGCAGCAGCUGCUGCCGUUGGAUCAGAACAGCUACAGCACAGACUUGUACAGACAAGGACUCACGCCGCCCCAGCUGCCGGGAGACCAUCUGCAUCCCUACGACUCUGAAGGCGUUUUCCAUGACAUGGACAGCGACAGCAUCAGCCACUUGGGAGACUGCCUGCUGUCAACAGCCGAAGCCAACCUCCUCCAAGCCCGAGUGGGUAACCCCAUUGACCGACUCUACUCUAUGCAGAGCUCCUACUUCACCUCCUGACCGUGGAAAGGGUCCUGGCCCUUUUGUGAGUGUCUUGGACAGACGUUCUGAAUUCAGAAUGAGGAGUGGGGAGGAGAAACAACCCUUCAGAGAAACUCUUUGAACCCUGCACAAUGGAAGAGGCAGCUGGGUUUGCCAAGCACAUAAGCACUAAUUCAUGAGGACCUUCCACAGCCCAGAGGACUCAACUGCGUUGCCUUUCCCCCCCUUUUCUCUAGCCACAAGUAGAUGGGUAACAUGAUGUUGUUUAGCUGUAACUGUAGCAGUUUGUCCAGUGUUUACGCUUGAGAGCAUUAGAUUCCUCAAACGAGACUGGCCAAGUUACCCAGAGUCAGGCUUGGAAGCAGCAUCUCCUCUGUCGGCUGCAUUUAUUUAAACCUUGGUGCAGCUGCGAGGGAUUUCACCAGCCUGCCCCCUCCUGAGCCUGCGUCAUGGGACAACAUUAAUUUUCCUUGGGGAAGGCCAAUGACUGAUACCACUUUGAUACCACUGCCAUUUUGGAGGCUGCCUUCAAGGGGGGUGAUUUAGGUUUUUUAAUGGCUGACACCAUGGAGAAAUGUAAGACAGGUUGGGCCCUGAGGGAAACGGCUUUGCUUGGGGACAGUAUUCACUUUCAGGAACAAAAGAUUAUUUGGUCUCUGUUAUGAUGCGAGGAAGCCAAGGGACAUGUCCCUGAAGAGUAACACAUCUAGAGAGGCGUAUCAGCCUCUCCUGACUGCCUCUGCGCCCCUCACUUUAAAAGGAGGCUCACUCCAUCCAUUCAAAGUAGAAUGAAGACCUCAUUCUCACAGCUGUAACACUGCAGAUGCUGUCUGCACUGGCUGCUGUUUGUUUCUUUUAAAACUAGUGGUGUGAACAGAUCUUAUUUAAAAAUGUUCUUACCAGAAACCCCUCCCUACAUGUUUCCAUCUCGAGUGGGAUUUCUCCCCCUAACUAUUUACCCAGUUCACUGGGACCGUCGCAGCAUUUUGCUUCCCUCAAAUACAUGAGAAGAGGAAAGGGUUGAAUUGUGUUAUCUUGGAAUGUGCCCUGUGCCAAGUCACUUCCACUCCAACAGACUGAGUUUGUUCUUGGCUUUGAAGGCAACAGAUAGGAUGCCCAGCAUCCGCUGAGAGACCGCACUGUUUCUUUGGAUGGGGAGGAGCAACACUUCUUCUCCAAGCAUGAAGCUCUUACAAGCUCUCAGUGUGGGGCAGUUUAGGAUUAGAGAUUAGCAGACAGGUUUGGGGUUAUGGCACAGAAGGUUUAUAAAAGAUGCAACAGACAGCAGCAGGAGAGAGUGAGUGGAAGUUUAAAUCAGAUAUUUAAGAAGAAAAUUCUUUACUCACUCACCCAGUAUUUUAUGUUUCAGAUACUGUAUGGACAGUUGGCACCCCCAGAAAUGGCAAAUGGUUCCCUGUGAGCCCCCUUUUGCGCAGGCUGGUGGAAGGAGUAAGAGCCUCCAGAAUUUGCCUUCCCUCAGUUAUUCAAACACUCACUGAGGAGAGGACAUCUCCAAUGGAAAAUAAUAACUUGGCAUGAGCAGGAUGUUUAAACCCUGAUCCCUAGAGUUGCAAAUCCAGCAAUUAGGUUUGUGUUGCAGCUAUCAGAGAACCUGGCUCACUGAUGUUUCUGUACAGCAUGUUAAUUUUGGUUCUAAGCUCCACCACCUCAUCAAUCUGGUUUCAAAGUUAUGCAAACCCUUCUCAAAUGGAGAGGAAGAAAAGGCUAAUAGUGAUCAUUGCUGUAUUUCUGUGGGAGCCAUUUGUGAACAUUAAUAAUCAUGAGCUUUAGGAGCACAGGAGACCCAUUCCCAAUAUGUGUUGCCGUCUGUCAGGAGUUCCCCAUCUAGUCAAGGGAGCUCAGAUUGUGGUGCAUCUUCCCCCAUUAAUACAGUUGUGUAAAUGUGCCAUUCACCCACGGCAGUCCCUUGCCUCUUUGUUUACAAAACGAUACUUUUUAUCUGGAUUCUCCUACGGUCGUCAGUAUUGGAUGAUUUUUGCCUUCCAGGCAGUUGUGUAAAUAGUUUACAGAUAUUUUGAUGUUUCGUUUAAGGGAAGUGUCCUCUCCCGGGGAACUGGCAAUUUGUGAGUUACCUCCAUCCCCACAGGCAAGUUCUGUGGAAGCAGGUUUUCCCUGCUCCUUCCAGCCUGAGUUGCUGCACUCGGUCCGUUCCCACCUCUGUUGGUGUCUGUCCGCCCAUAAGAAAUUAGACUGAAAACUCCCAGCGCUGUUUUUCUUUCUCUUUCUUUCUUUCGGUGGCUUUUGCACUAGAAAUGGUCUCAGUUUAGAUUAAAUUUUAAGAAAAUGUUUCAGUGAACCAUGUGCAAAUUGAUACGUUUCCUCCAAGCGCCGGAGGCAGCUUCACCCCUGAAAUCCUACCCUUGCUCCCGUUGUGAUCCAGUGCUGUAAUGUGCCAGUGUUUUUGCAUGUACAUUUGGAAAUAAAAACAAACUUAAAGCUGAAGUCUAAAGUUUGCCUAAGCACAGAAAAAUUGUCUGUACCUUCACUCCGCUUAGAUUAGAUCUAAGUAGGCCUGUCCAUCUAGCUACUUGCUGUGCAAUCCCAUGGGGAUUUGGCCUGUGGUCUUUAGGGGAACAUUUAAUCAGAACCUCAUCUUUCCCUGGGGUCAGACAUCCUGGAGCAAGAAGUGAGGCACUAGUGCUAACAGCUGUUCUUACUUUGAUAAACAACCAGCAAAUACAACACCUAGAGUCAAUUACAAUUAGCUGCAAGAGAAACUGAAUUCCCCAUAUGAACAAAUAAGACACUGGUAAAUGAGGUGAAGAACCAUCCUAGGUGCUGGUGCAAGGGAGUGACAGUGACCUGAGCUUCAGAACCAAUGUUCAGAUUCACUUGCAAGAACUGAAGAAGGAGAUCACGGCCAGACUGACCCACCCCAGAUAGGAGAACUAGCAGGACUUCACCCUGGCCUAGUCUGAACUUGUGCUGAAUCAAGAAGUGGCUAGUCAGCCCAUAGGCACCAAACCAACAGCUGAAGUCUUUAUAGUCUGAAAAACUAGCACAUUUGCCAAGCAAAGUCCUGGUGCUUCUCUGAUCUCAGCACCAUUCUGAGGGACAGAGGUGCUUUUAGUAUCAUCAGCAUUGCCAGGUAGUUUCUGCAGCUCCCAAGGGCUGCAGUUCGUCCCAGUGUGUUUUGCAGCAGCAACUCUCAGCUCUUGCCACCAAGAAAUGACAAGGGGCUUGGAGCAGAGACAAAGGGCCAGUUGACAUCAGUGCCAGUGGGAAGCAGCUGUUGCAAUUACUCCUCCUGCCCCUUCACAUUUACAUGUGAGAAGAUCCCAGGAUAUCCCGAGUGUGAGCUCUCGCCCCCUCUGCUGACCAAUGUCAUUGAUCACUUUGUGCCCUCCGAGCUGGCCCUGAAUCACCCGGAUUGGUAAACGGUGGCUUUUCCUGGUGCAUGACUCCCACCUAAUGGACAAUUGAGUGCUAGCUGAGUUUCAGUU